AAUGUUGUUCAAAUUUGACUACCAAAUCAUAUAGUGGAAAAUUAAAUAGUAUUAUUUUUUGACUAAAAAAAAAAAUAUUCAGUCAAAUUAGUAGACUAUAAAUUCAAUAUAUAACAACCCUUCUUCUCAUAUUCAUUUCAUCAUCCUCACUCUCAUAUUGUUUAUUCUACCAAAAUUUCAAUGGCUGCUUCUUCCAAAACCAUCAUCAACAAAGAGAUAGAAAAAGAGCUUCUACCUCUUAUCCGUGUCUACAAAGAUGGCACCAUAGAACGUCUCAUGAGCUCUCCAAUGGUUCCACCUUCCAUUGAAGACCCUCAAACUGGUGUCUCAUCCAAAGACAUUGUUAUCUCAAACACUAGCAACCCUCCCCUCUCCGCUCGCAUUUUCCUUCCAAAAUCACACCAAAACAACCACAAACUUCCCAUCUUGCUCUACUUUCACGCCGGUGCUUUUUGCGUCGAAUCACCCUUCUCUUUUUUCUGCCACCGUUACCUCAAUCUCUUGGCUUCUGAAGCAAAUAUAAUAGCUGUUUCUAUAGAUUUCAGACUUCUUCCAGAACAUCCUCUUCCUGCAGCUUAUGAAGAUGGUUGGACUGCUCUUCAAUGGGUUGCUUCUCACACAAGCAACGACACCACCACCAACAAUAACAUAGAAACAGAGUCAUGGUUACUAGAUUAUGGUGAUUUCAACAGAGUUUACAUAGGUGGUGAUGUCAAUGGUGCUAACAUUACUCAUAACUUAGCUAUACGUGCCGGAACCGAAGCUUUACCAAACAAUCUUAAAAUAUUGGGUGCUUUGCUAUGUACUCCUUUUUUCUGGGGCUCAAAGCCAAUUGGGUCUGAGCCUGUGGAGGAGCAUGAGAAUAGCUUGGCUAUGAAAGUGUGGAAAUUUGUGUACCCUAAUGCAGAGGGUGGAAUUGAUAACCCUAUGGUUAACCCUUGUGCUCCUGGUGCACCUAGUUUGGCUACACUAGGUUGUUCUAAGAUUCUGGUUAUUAUUACUGACAAGGAUGAGUUUAAAGACAGAGAUAUUUUGUACUAUGAAUCUGUCAAAAAAAGUGGAUGGCAAGGUGAAAUUGAAUUGUUUGAUGCUGGGGAUGAGGCACAUGGUUUCCAGAUUUUCAAACCUGAAACUGAUAGGGCUAAACAAUUGAUCAAACGUUUGGCUUCUUUUCUUGUUUGAUUCGUCCCUUUCAAAUCAUCUUAGAAUGAGUGUUUCAAUAACUAAAUAAGAUGUCUUUGUCUUGUAUUAUUCUAUCAAUUAUUUAUUUAUUAAGAAAGUACUGUAGUAUGUGUUGUGUUUAUUAAUAUUUAGUAAGAAAAAAAAGUAUGUGCUAA